AAUUAGUUGUGAGUUGCUAUUAGGAUUUUGUUGCUGAUAUUUGUUUUUUGUUACUUACUAUCAACCUUUGGGCAAGAGCAAGCGCCAAACUCGAACCCAGCCGCCGCAGUAGCAACAACAACAACAACGACGCAGUUUCUGGAGAAGCGAACUCACUUCAAUCGCAGCAACAACAACAACAACCAGAAAAGCUUUAGUCUUUGCCCAAAAGGCCGACGGCUUUUUUUAUGCAAAAAACAAUAAAAAUCUAAUUUUUUUUGCAAGCAUUGACACAGCGAACCGUUAUGUCUAAGGAUUCAGCUACCACGCGCAUUCCUCGGUUGGGUGGCCACUGCCGCUUACCACCGCCUGGCAGCUUUGCUAGCAGCUACAUCAAAACCGUCGCUACCACCAGAACGACCACCUCACACAUACGCCCACCCACAGCGCUGAAGUCGACAACACAAAUCUUUCGUGCGCCCGCAUUGCCGGACAAUGCCAAUGGCAAAGCCCAUGCCACUACGAGAGCACGUCCCAUUAGCUCCUAUCAUCCGACGGCUGUGCCGCUGCAUGAUCUGGGCGCCAGCAUCAGGAAGAGUUCGUCCGGCGAACGAUUGAACAAUGUCGUCAGUCUGAUUAGCAAACGCACCCCGAAUGUCCUAAGGAAAGUCUUUGGGCAGGGCAAAAUGAUGAGCAGCUCGUUGCCACAGACGCCGCUGCCAACGGCCAAGCAGCAGCAGCAGCAGCAGGCACAGAGGCCACCACAAUCGUUACUAACUAGCAGCACGCCCAUGCCGCUGAUGCGCUCCGAGACGUUUGUGUGCGAUGAGGAGAAGCAACAGCUUGAGGAGAGCAAGCCCAGUCGGAUGUGCUUGGAACAGACGCGUCUCUCCAGCGUCGGCUUUGGGCGUACCUUAGAUAUGGAUGUGAGUGAAAGUAGCUGUGCGCAAAAUUACAAUAGAAGUGCUAUGUUGGAGAAGGAACAGUUGGAGCUGGAUAAGAAUGCAGUACAGCUGUCGAAUCAACGCAGACGCACCAUAACUCUCUCCAUCAAUGAGUCAGCCGAGGGCAACGCGAGCUGUGCCCAGCCAGAUCGUACGCAUAAUGUAAUCCCUGCCAGCAAUGAGACGGCGGCGGAUGCCACACAGCUGCUGGGCAAUCACAGUUCCCAUCGAGCGGAUCGAACCAGGCCCGUUAUUUCCAGCUGCAACGAGCCAGCAGAUGCCACACAGUCAAUGGGUAAUCUGAGCAGCUCUCGAGCGGAUCGCACGCGUCCCGUAAUCCUCUCCAGCAGCGAGGCGGCAGAUGCGACACAGUCCAUAGGUAAUCUCAGCUCUUCUCGAGCGGAUCGCACUCGGCCUGUAAUCCCAGCAGGGGACGAGGCAAGAGAUGUCGACCAGCUGUUGGAUAAUCGCAGCUAUCAUCGAGAGGAUUGCAUGCAACUCUAUAAGCCAGCCAAACAGGAUCUGGAUACUACACUAACUCACAAUCUGUCGCUGGACUUGACCAAGAGCAUGGAUCAGCUGCCCUUGCUGGAGCACAUGUCCAUGCCCUCAGGCCUGGACAUGUUGAGUGGCGUCAAGUCGGAGCAAACCGCUGAAACGGAUCUGGACAGCUCCGAAUUGGACGUUACGCUGACGGCGCUGGCGCCGAACAAAAACAACAUGAAGCUGCCGCUGAAUUCCACCAUCAAUACGGAACGGCUGCUGGACAUUAGUGGAUUGCAGUCACCGGCCCGGCACAUUCAGUUGCUCAACUUGACGCGUGAGUUCCUGGAGCAGUCGCCGACUUGCAUGAAUCCACAGCUCGGACGGCGCUCUGUGCCACAGCAAUCGCUCGUCUGCCUGACGCCGCAGUGGGCGACGUCGACGACGACGCCGAUGUCCGGACGCUUUCAGCAGUCGCCGGUGCCGGUGCAUUUGCUGUCGCCCUUGUUGAAGGCGGCCCGAAGUGAUUUGGUGUUGCCGACGCGCACGCCGGAGGGCGAACUGCUGUCCAAUCCACUGGAUGGAACCAUGACAGCAGUUCAGCUGCGUACGCCGCGCUCCUCGCGGUACAGCCUCGGUCUGGAUUUGCAGGAAACAACGCUGGAUGCGUCAAUCGAACUGGUGGAUAGCUCCAUAUCUUCGUCGCAGCAGCAGCUGCAACUGUUGCAGCAGCAGCUGCUGAAGAAGCAACACAGUUUCGAUUUGGAUGAGAGUCUGGGCAUACUGACGCCGGAUCAAAUGGAAGAGUUCCUUGACUCAUCAUCCCACCACAACAACAACAGCAAUGCCAUAUUUAAUCAUCAGCUGGAGCUGCAGAUGUUGCAUCAGCAGCAGCAAUACCAGCAGCGACUGCAGCAGCAACAGCAGCAGCAGCAACACUUGCAGCAGCAGCUGCGCCUGGAGCAAACUCCCUCGCCCGAGGAGCUGCCUUUGGAUCCCAUAGAGCCACAGCUGGCGGCUGCCAUAGCGACACCUGCACCGGCGUCCACCGCCACCUCCACAUCGGCCGCUGCCGUUGUCGCCACCUCCGUCGCCGCGCCCGCUGCCCAGGUGAAUGCCAAGCUGAGCAACAGUUUCAUCACCAGCGUCACCAGUGUGACCAGCCUGGAUACGGGCUAUCAGGGCGACGGUGAGAUGUCGCGUCCCGCUUCACGCGGCGCCUGCGAUCAUUCGCCCAGCAAUGGACCCCACUUGGGCCGCGUCAGCCGCCAACCGAGCUUUCCACCCAUGCCCAUGCCAGCCGGCGGAGGUGCUCCGAUGCGUCGCCAGGAUCCGAUGACCGAUUCCGAUUUCUUUACUGAAUCCGAUGCGGACGAUGUACUGCAGCGUGGCGAUCGGCGGGCCCAGGUCAUCGACGGGCAGCUGUAUGGGCCGGCUAUGCAGCCGAGUGCAUCGGUGCCGCAGCUGGAGGAUUCGUGCAUGGAAUCAUCGGGCAUUUUUACAGAUGUCGAAAAUCGCUGCGAUGAGGAAAUGCGUCUGCCCGAGCUGGAGGUGGACAUGGAUAUGGAUGUCGAUAUGUCGCCCGACGAGUCAACACAAACCCUACGCAAAGCUCAAGGUCAAGCGCAGCGGGAGAGAAACGAGCAACAGCAGCUCGUGCAGCCACGUCCGCUCUCCUCGUCGUCGGCAGCGACGACGCUCUCAAAUCGCACCUCGUACUGUAGCGUUGACGGCGGCAGCGCCAAGAGCUUUUGCGACGAAGCUUUCAAUGCGAGCAGCGCCAGUGGCAGCGGCAGCGGCAGCGGCAGCGAGGCGCAACAACGAUCAUCAGUACAGCGCGUAACUUCGCCGCGUCCGCACGCAUCGUUGACGUCGCUCUGCACUGUUGAGAAUUUACAAACGGCUUCGGGUUCGCUCUCUUCCAGCUCGUCGCUCUUGUCGCCGAAAUCGUCGUCGGGCAAGGCAACGGCAAAUCGUAAACAGAAAUCGCCGCAAACGCCGCGCAGUGCUAAGGCGCCCGUUGCGCGCAAAUCACAGACGCCCAAUAAAUGGGAUGCCGUUAUGCAUAAAAUCGCCAGCAAUAAGUCAACAAUCAAAACUAAUUACAAUGAUGUAAAGUCCAAAGUGUCCACCACGCGCCCCAUGACCGGCACUGGCGCCACGCCCACUGCGGCGCGCAGUCCUUCGAGCAGCGGUAGUCCGCGCAUCAGUCCCACUGUACGUCGAUCGCCGUCGGUGACGCCGUCGGUGGUAAAGCGCAGCACUAGUGUUAGAAAUGCCACGCCCACAACGCCGACGUCAACGCGGCAGCCACAGGAUAAAGGCUCUGUUGGCGUCGGCGUCGGCGCCGGCGCCGGCGUCAAUGUCUUUACGCGCCUCACCAAAUCACAGUCACCCACAUCGCCCACUGCCAGCACAGCCGGUGCAGCUAAGCGUUUGCAACCGCUGAUGGUUAAGCGUGGUCGCUCCUACAGCAAGGACAGCCAGAAGAGCUCGCACAGCGAUCUGAGCUCCUUGUGCAAUGGGAAUGGCAGCGGAUCCCCAAAACAAUUGGCGAAAACUCCACUGCGAGCUGCCAAAAAGCGGGAUGUGCGCAACUUAAGCAUAUCGCCCACGGAUCUGGGACCGCCGCCAAAGACCCAGCAGACCGCUAAGGGGCAAACGUCGUGGAAUAAAUCGUUAACACCAACACCAACAGCUAUACAAAAACGUCAUUCGGUAGCAACAACAACAACAACAACAACAACAUCUACAUCAAACACACCCCUCAAACUUAUAACAAAAGCAUCGCAACAGAAAGGCGUGAAAAAUGCUACAGGAAAUGCAACAAACAACAACAAAAAUGGCACUAAAACUUUAGCCGCAGUCAUUGUCGAAGAAUCGCUACGUUCCGGCGUGGACCAAACAGAACUGCAGGAGCUCAAUGGACUUGGUCUACUCUUGUCCUCCAGCCAAUCACCGCGUGACUCCAAGCGGGCCUCCCUCAGCAAUGAGCUGGUCUGUAUUUGCGGCACUGUCAACAGCAGCUGCAGCUGCGCCGUCGAAAAAGCGCCCAAGGUCAAACGUUGCGGCAGCCACACCCCCGAGCCAACAAAACCAACUGAGUCAAAUGACUGCACAUUGGAGAAGCAGCAGCAGCAGCAGGAAGCGCAAACAUCACAAACAGCUGAAGCACUCGAAGAUGGGGCAAUAUGCAAUAAAACAGCAACCACAAAUUCCAGUACAAAUGAGGGUCCCAACGACUCCCAUAGCACAACCACAAUUCAGCCCAGCACGGCCAACAUUGUUGCCAACUAUCCCGGGCUGAAGCGGUAUAUGGAUGAUGGUUAUUUGAACUACGAGCGCUUGUCCAAGUACUUCGAGGCGAAUAGCGAAUGGCAGAAGGAGAUGGAUUGCCAGACUUUGGGCCUCGCCCUUGUCAUUCAAUUUAUGUCCAAGCAGAUGGAAAUGUUGAGCUGUCGGGAGAGUGAGUUGAAGGUAUUGCUGGAGGAGACGCAACACAACUGCGAAGAGCUGCGUAAGCAGCUGCACGAAAAAGACGUCGAGUGGUCGCAGCGUCAGCAGGAGUGGGAGCAUUUGCAACUCAGGGAACUGCAGCAAGCUCACGAGAAAGUACAGGAGGUGCAGUUGCUUGCCAAGGAGCGUUUCCGUGAGCUGGAAGCCCAGCUAGUGGCCAAGGACGAGGAGAAGAAACAGGCCCUGCAAACGUAUCACCAGGAGGUCGCGCAUCAGCUGCGCCACAAGCAGCAGCAGCUAACAGCGGCUGAGCAGCAAGUGCUACAGCUGCAGACACGCCUGCAGGAGCAGGACGCCAAGGAGCUGCAGUUGCACGAGAAGCUGACACGAGUCGAGAAUAUCAAUGCCCAACGCCUCUCUGAGGCCACAAUGCGCGAGGAGCAGCUGCAGGAGCGCAUCAAGUCGAUCACCAAGGAGCUGCAAACGCUGCGCGCCAGCACCGAGCACAAGGAGCGCGAUCUGCGUGAUCGUCUGGCCCUGUCCGAGGAUGAGAUCAGUGUGCUACGCAGCUCUUCGCAGCGUCGUAGCCCGAGCAGGAGCAGCAGCGGACAGAGCGACACCGGCAGCGUCGAAUUGUGGCGCAGGGAGGCGGAGAGCCUGCGUCACGUGCUCGAUAUGAAGCAGGAGAAGAUCGCCGAUCUGACCAAACAGAAUGCCGAGCUGAAGCGCGACAACGAGGAGCAGCGCAGCAUGUGCAAUCGCCUCACCCUGCUCGAGUCCCAAGCCGAGAUGCUACGCACCGAGCUGGAGGCCAAAAACGAGAAGGAGAAAGAUCUCCAGCGUCAAAUGGAAGAGAUGCAAAAGGCCUUCAACCACGAAAGCAUCAAACGCAAACGUCUCACCUGCGACAAAGAGGAGUUGCAGUACCAUCUGAAGCAGCGCUCCGAGCAGCUGCAACUGGUCCAGGCCCAACUCCAUGAGCUCUCCACUAGCUCGCUCGAUAGCUUCCUCAGUCACCCGCAUAGUCGCUGCAGCUCGUCACGCUCCUGCCUGGAGUCAAGCCACAACUCGGCCAACACAUCGCCGCCAGCCACACCAGUCAUCAUGGGCGUCAUCAAGCGCAACGAUUCCGUUAGCUAUGUGCUCGAAAUGGACGACGAAACGCCGCAGGUGGCCGCCUCGAAGCUGGUGCGACGCGCCGGCUCGUUGCGCAGCACCAGCGAGCGCAGCCCCAUGCAGCGUCGCCAGCUGUCGCAGAGCGCCACUGUGGCCAGCAAUGGCCAUGGCCAGAACGGACAUAGCCCUGGUCCCAAUCCGCUGUCGCAGAGCAUGUCGGCCACGGCAGUGAUGCGCAGCCAUGGCCUGGAUGCGGAGUCGCCGCAUCCGCUUUGUCGUGCUCGCUCCCAGUCCGUUUGUACCAAAGCCUCCUCCCAGCGCCAACAAGAACAGCCACAGACACAGCCGGAGCCACUGCCGCCACAGCCGAAUGAAUUGACACUGCCCGAUUGGCACGUGGACGAGUUGUGCUCCAGUUCGCCGCAUAAAGGCUCAAUCAGUGUGGGGUUGCGGCCACGCAGCAGCACGAUGAAGCUGAUGAGCUCUGUGGAUGCCUAUCCCAAGGCCCUGAAGAAGUUCCAUGAGAUACAGGAAUCAGCUGGCGAGGCCAUGGUCAGCGGCGCCAAUUCCGAGGAUGAGAGCUGCUCGGCAUCGUCCGAGGAUAUGCGCAGCUCGUCGGCAUCCAGCACAGCAUCCGCGGCAGGCUGCACGCUCUCCAAGUGCCAAAAGCAACCGUCACACAUGUCCAUCGAGGAGGCAUUAAUGCUAGAGCAGAUCAGCAGCCUAAAUGGCACGCCCAUGGAGGUGAGUUGGUCGGAGGAUGCGGCCGAUGCGGAUGUUGCCGCUGCACCUCCACUCGCAUGACAGGCACUUGUCGAGGAUGAUGUGGGCUACGAGGAACGCGCCGUCAUUGAGCAGAUUGCCGAGGCAGCAGAAGAGGCUUACGAAAUAGACGCCGAUGCCCAGCAGGAGGAGCUAAUUGUGGGUGGCGACGACGAAGAGGAGGAUGCAGACGAUGAUUAUGAUGAUGAUAGCUUUUAAAGCGGGCGCGCAUAAAUUGUAGAACAAUUGGAUGGGCAACAAAACAAAACAAAACCGAAAACAUAAACUAAACUAAAGCAAAGCUUGGCGCAAAGCAAAGGCCAAAAAGGGAGUCAUGAGAGAAGCGAAGGAGAAACAGGAAAUAAUAUAUAUGGAUGGAGAAAAGAAAGCUAGAAAUAAGCCUUAAAUAAUUUGCAAAUUUGAUUAAACAAAGUUUCCUGUAAAUAUUUUCAUUAAUGAGCGCUUCAAUGGAUGAGCUAUGAGGAGGGCAAAAACAAUUUAUAUACAUAUAUGUAUAUCGAUUUUCAUAUACGGCUAUGAUAAGAGGGAAUAGAAAUGAAAAAAAGAAAGAUUUUAUGCACACACACACACACACACUCAUCACACAUAUUUAAACACUCAUAGUAAGUGGAUCCGUCACAGUCUCAAGAGAACUAUUUAUGGGUUGAUAUUGAAUAAAGCAAAUGAGACGAAAUAACUAAAGUGUUAUAUGUAGGUCAUUUUAUGCAUACGAUCCGUAAAAUCAAAAAAAUCAUUUGAAGAAAUUGAAUAAAAGAUUUGAUCGAUUUAUAGUAACCUAAAAGUAGUAUAACAGUAUGACAGUAUAAUAGUAGAGCCACUCUUUAAACAACUUCAAUGAAAACUGUUUCAAACGCUAUCCCCGACUGUAGAUUAUGUUGCUCCACAACCAGGAUAUGCAACAUCCAAUGAGGGUUAGGCAUUUAGCUCAAGCAGUAUAURAAUAGAUUUGCAUUCAACUUAUUAACUAUAUAUAUAUACACAAUAUACAUUUAUAACUAUACAUAUACAUACAUAUUAUGGUAUUCUAACCCAAAAACAAAAAGAAACAACUUGAGAUAUCUUAUAUAUAUAUGAACAUAAAUGUUAUGCCCUAAAAAGAAAAGUAAAACCCAGAAAUCCAAUUAUAAGUCUAGCCCACGUAUUUCCCAUUGAGCUCAAAGUUAAGAAACAGACAAAACAAAAAACAAAA